AUGCAACUUGAAGCUGGAUGCGGUUACGUAAGUGGCUGCGCCCGAAGCAGCGGUGAAGCUAGCGAUAUGUGCUCAGCAGAAGCACAAAGAAACAAAUGUGAGGGUACGCCUUAUCAACCCUGGAACAACACCGAUAACGUUAUGUCUUUCUACAAAGCGGAACGUUUGCGUGUGAUGCGUAUGCGACAGCAAUGGUUCAUUGAAACUACCUCUUUAGAAUUAAAAGAGGCGGCUAAUGACGAAAUGGAUGUGGAAGUUGCAAAUGACGAGAAUGUUUCCUCGAAACAAGGAUUUUCUGUAAUCCCACAUCGAUUAGCUUGUAAACGAACAGAACAUCCAUCAUCUCCGUUCAUGGUUUCAAAUGUGAAGAGGAUGAAGUGCGAAUGA